GCUAAGACUCACCUUGACUCUUAAACUUUUUUUUAGAAAAUUUAUGUUUUUUUUUAAACAUCUGAAAUAUUUGUGAUCUCUAAUGGGCGUGAGAGUAAACGCGGCUGCUAAAUUUAUUUUUUAUUGCUGACAAUUGGAGCUGGGAAUUUAAAUUUGAAUAAUAUAAUUUUUGAAUGGAGAUGAGGGAAGUUAACGUCAAUGUGUCGGGUGGAGUGAAGGACUUAUUAAGGGAUGCGUUGGUGUCUCAGACAUUUGCUGAUGUUUCGUUGUGUUGUUCUGGUGGAAAAAAAUUUCUAGCACAUCGGCUAGUGUUGUCUGCUGCUAGUCCGUAUCUUCAUGAAGUACUUUCAGCUCAUGGAAAAAUAGCAGGUCAAUGUGAACCUAUUACGAUGAUAUUAGCGGAGGUCGAGGGCAACGAUCUAGCAGCAAUCUUAGGAUUUCUCUACACUGGAAGUGUCGCGGUGCCUCAGGCAAGAUUAGAAGCUUUCUCGAGUACUGCGGAUGCUCUUAAAAUUAGAAUACCUCCUCUGCCACAUGCUUUGAAAGCUCAAACUUCAUCUGAUGUAAAUAAUUCGCGCUAUAAAUCUUUAGCUUUAACUCAUGAAGAUGUAACACAAAAUACUGAACAAGUUGGUUUAAAUUUAAAAAUUAUAAAUAAAACAAAUUGUUUACGUCGAUUACUUAUGUCAUCAAAUAAAGAUAAUAUUUUAGAAAAAAAUAGUAAUAAUACAUAUAGUAAAUUAAAGUCGUACGUAGCAAAUCGAGUUAUUGCUUCUCCAUGGUGUCAAUUUGUUCAGCCUUAUCAUUUACCAAAGAUUCAGCCAAUUCUCAAAAAUAAUGAAUCAUCUUCUCGUAGUUGUAAUGACAUUCCGUCGAGUUUUUUUUCAUCUGAUGGAUACGAGUCUUCGCACAUUCACCACGAGCCAACAAGUUCUUUGAGCACCACCACGACGACAACUGUAGGCGUUGAAAAAUUAUUUGUUACCAGUGUUAUUAGCUCGCAAGACACUGAAACUUAUAACCCCUUUAAAUUAGAGAACACUAUCAGUAUACAAGACCAUAAAUCUCACGUCAAUGAUAUAAUUGACAAAAAAAUUACUCACGACGAGACGAUAAAUUUAUCAUCAGCGGUUUUCAUAACAGAGGACAAUAAUCAAUCAAAUUACCACGACAAUAAAUCUGAUAAAGUAUCGUUAAAUUCAUUGAACAGGCGGAUUAAUCUUGAUGAAACUGAUAAAUCCAAGUCGGGUACCGUUGCACUAAGUAAUGACAGUAAUAAUAAUUUCAGUAAUGUAAUAUCAACUUCAGUGGUAAGUGAAGUUAUUUCUACAAUAACUUCAGGAGAUUUUAAAUGUAAAAAUUGUGAAAAAAUAUUUGUCUGCGAAUCAACACUUAAGAUCCAUCGCAAAAGCCACUUCAAAGAAAAACCCUUUCGCUGUGUCGAUUGUGGUAAAGAGUUUUCUCAACUACGAAAUUACAAAUACCACCGCAGUGUACACGAAGGUACUGGAGAAUUUGCGGCAACUUGUCCCGAGUGCGGUAAAUUAUUCAAUGAUCGUAGUUACUUGGGCUCACAUAUGAAGAUCCAUCGUAAUAAAAAGGAAUAUGCCUGUAAUGACUGCGGCAAAAGUUUUAAUCAGCGAGUUGCGUAUAAUAUGCAUGUCAGAAUACACACAGGCGUUAAACCACAUAAUUGCGAUCAGUGCGGCAAAGCUUUUUCCAGAAAAAUGCUGUUGAAACAACACAUGAGAACACAUUCUGGAGAACGACCUUAUCAGUGUCACAUCUGCAAUAAAGCGUUUGCUGAUAAAUCUAAUAUGACUCUCCAUACGCGACUUCACUCCGGUUUGAAACCUUAUCAGUGUGACAUUUGUUCCAAGGCAUUCACUAAAAAACAUCAUUUGAAAACUCAUUUAAAUUAUCACACUGGAACUAAACCGUACGCUUGUCCUAAUUGUAAAUUAACUUUUUCACAGAGCAGCAAUAUGAGGACUCACUAUAAAAAAUGUUUGAAUAAUAGUACGAGUAGUAUCAGUGCUAGAAAAAAAAAUAACAGUACAGUUAUUAAGAAAAAAAAUUUUAAUAAACACAUUGAUGAUUUUUCUAAUGCUCUCACGCCUCCUCAUUCAGAUUUAGAGUACCAGACAAUUAUCCGUGAUAUUAGUUGA